AUGAGAGUUCUUGUUCCACUUCUCUGCGCACUUGCGUCUUCGCAAAAUGCAACAACCGCCGCAACUUCAAACGGAGCAACAACUGCUGCGACGACAACGACCACUACUACGGGAACGGCCUCAUCAGCCACCUCGUCAACUGCAGCUGCGACAACAACGUCUUCUCAAGAGACGACUACUUCCGCAGCAGCUUCAUCAAUUUUUGGUGCGGCUUUUCUUGCCGCGUCGACUUUACUUUACAGAUAUUAG